AUGGCGACAUCCUAUGAAUCAUUCUCACAGACCUUCAAAGUCGCGUUGAUCCAGCUUCAUCCCAAGCCUCUUGACCUGGAACACAACUUCUCCGCUGCAUCAGCUUAUAUCCGUGAUGCGGCUGCACAAGGAGCCUCGCUGGCAGUCCUGCCAGAGUACCACCUAACAUCAUGGGUGCCCGAAGACCCACAGUUCGCCGUCCUGGCCCAAACCGCGUAUCAAUACGUGCCCAAGUAUCAAGCGCUGGCUCGGGAGUUGAAGAUCAACAUCGUUCCGGGGACCAUCGUCACCACUGAUCCCAAAUCGCCGCCUCCCGCUACCAGCAAUGGAACGUCGUCCGCAGACUCCAAAAAUUCGCCAGUCCUCCUCAACAUCGCCCCCUUCAUCUCCUACACAGGCGAGCUUCUGGGGAGCUACACCAAAGCCAACUUGUGGCACCCCGAACGCACAGUCCUCACGUCAGGCCCGGCCUCCGUCAAGUCCAACAAUCAGCAUCAUCUAUCGACUGAAGAAGGUCCACCUCCUCAGCUAAACCCUCACUCUAUCAUCGAAACUCCCCUCGGACCUCUCGGCAUCGUGAUAUGCUGGGAUCUGGCGUUUCCCGAAGCCUGUCGUGCCUUGGUCCGCCAGGGUGCACGCUUGAUCAUCAUUCCCACCUUCUGGACGAGAGACGAUCUCACUCCGGAAGGGAGAGCGUACGGGCCGGAUGUGGAUGCUCAAUUCCUGAGCUCCGCCCUUAUUACGAGGUCAUUUGAGAACACUUGCGCCAUCGUCUUCGUCAAUGUGGGCGGUCCGAAGUCAGAGGGCUACGCCGGGUUAAGUCAAGUGGUGUUGCCACUUGUUGGCAAAGUACCCGGGUCAUUCGAGGAUGGAGAGCCAGGAAUGAAGAUUGUGGAAUGUGAUAUGAGGACAGUCGACGUGGCUGAGGAGAAUUACAAGAUAAGAGAGGAUCUGAAAAGGGAGGACUGGCACUACGGAUAUAGCCACGACAAAUAA